AUUUUGAGAUAUCACCGGGAUCAUAAUUUGUUGGGGACUGACGAGACGUACGGUAGCGCAGAAGAUUGGAAGCAGGCAUGUUGGAUAUACAUAGCCACCGGGGCCAUCUUGGGCGUAAUCGCUGUGGUUCUAGCCCUAUUUCUGUUCUUGCUAUGCAUGCCAUGGUCUUGGUGUCAUGGUGUCCGGCACUGCAAUGACAACCGAUCGAACGUACCAGGCACUCGAAGCGAUCAAGACGAGGUUGGUUUGGAAGCCUUCACUGGCGGUUUUCCGAUUUCAGUUGUAGACAUAUUCCCGCCAUCAAUGCUUCCGAAGCUCCCUAAUUAUCAGGAAUGCAUGGAGAUCGGCGACCCUCCAACCGCAGAUGAGGAUGUUGCAACAAACUCGCAUCCACUUCCGCCACGACCGUACGGUUAUCGCAGAGCACACACUCCUGUUCCGGUUGAGUCCCGAUCGUCUAGUCAUUCAGAAUGCGAUUCGCGUCGGCUUGUGUCAUCCCUACCUUCAACUCCGCCUCCGAACUAUUCCUCUCAACAUUCUCCCUCACAGUCCGAUGACGCAGAACCAACGGGACCCACUUAAGCGUCGAUGGUAGGGAGCACGUUUCCGACGUCAAAGCUGACAGAGGAGGCUAAACGUCAUGUGACUCGUACCAAGGCCAACGUACACAACUUGAGAAUAUAUUUUUAAAUUCGAACAUUUUUACCUACCGAUUGUCUCACUCUACCUCGACAAUCAUUUUGUGAACGGUUUGUUGUCUAUUUAUC